AUGCUGCCUCCCGUCCCCGUCCUCGCCGAUUACGGCCUGUCUCCGAGACACGGCUUCCUCCCCGAGACCCUUCCGUUGACGCACCUCCCCGACCCCUACUACAACAAGUGGGAGGCCAUCGCGGCAAACCUACAAGCCCUCGUCUUGACCCGUCGACUGCGCAGCGUCGUCGACCGGCUGCCCGUCCUGUCCUCGAUAGGCCUCGAGCACGAAGCCGAAUGGCGCCGGGCGUAUUCCCUGCUCUGCUUCAUGGCCCACGCAUACAUCUGGGGGGGCGACGCGCCGGCCGACCGCCUCCCCAAGGCCAUUUCCGUGCCGCUGCUCGAGAUAUCCGACCACCUGGAGGUGCCCCCCGUCGCGACCUACGCCGCCGUCUGCCUGUGGAACUUCAAGCCCGUCUUCGUGGACGAGGAGAUUGACAGCCUAGAGAACCUGGCAACCCUCAACACCUUCACCGGGUCCAUCGACGAGUCAUGGUUCUACCUCGUCUCCGUGGCCAUCGAGGCCCGCGGCGCGCCCAUCCUCGACCUGAUGCUGACGGCCAUCGGGGCGGCGAGAAGAAACGACGCAAAGACGGUGACGCGCUGCCUCGUCAGCUUCGCCGAGCGGCUGACGGACCUGACCAACAUCCUGGUGAGGAUGCCCGAGAGCUGCGACCCGACCGUCUUCUACCACCGCGUCCGCCCCUUCCUCGCGGGCAGCAAGAACAUGGCCGAGGCGGGCCUGCCGCACGGCGUCCUGUACGACCAAGGCACGGGGACAGAAAAGUACCGCCAGUACAGCGGCGGGAGCAACGCGCAGAGCAGCCUGAUUCAGUUCUUCGACAUUGUCCUCGGCAUCCACCACCUGCCGACGGGGGAGAGGCACAAGACGGCGUCGUCGUCGUCGUCGUCGGCGGCGCCGGAGCCGGAGCCGGAGCCGGAGCCGGAGCCGGAUCCAGACGCCCCCCGGAACAGGAACAGGAACAACUUCAUCCAAGAGAUGCGGCGGUACAUGCCGGGCCCGCACGCGCGCUUCCUCGCCGACGUCUCGCGCGUCGCCAACGUGCGCCAGUUCGUGCAGGACAACAGGUCGAACCGGCAGCUGUGCCUCGCCUACGACGCCUGCCUCGCCAUGCUCAGCGCCUUCCGCGACAAGCACAUCGCCAUCGUGACGCGGUACAUCAUCACGCCCUCGCGCGAGGCGCGGACGGGCACCGGCGGCACCGCGCUCAUCCCCUUCCUCAAGCAGGCCCGCGACGAGACGGGCGAGCCGGCCGUCGAGGAGUGGACCAGGCGCUUCAUGCGCGCGCGCCUCAAGGCCGAGCACCAGGCCGACCCCGUCUUCUCCGGGGCCGACAGGGGCGCCGUCGAGACCGACGUCGACGUCAAGGGCCUGGCGGGCACGUGGACCAUGGACGACGAGGGCGGCGGAAUCUGCUCCUUUUGA